GGCCCCACCCUUUCUCGAUGUCCGGGUUGUGGCGGCGCCAUGGAGACCGGAUGCUGGCCGCUCUGCGGCGAGUUCGAGGACUCGGUGUUCGAAGAGAGGCCAGAGCGGCGGCCAGGGCCACUGGCGUCCUACCGCGCCAAGCACUGCGAGCCGCAGUGGUUUCAUGAAGAAACAGUAGAUGGUGAUGAUGCUGAAGCUCUAACUAUCAAGAAAUUCAGAGGGGACCUGGCAUAUAGACAGGGAGAAUAUCAGAAAUCACUGCAGGAGUAUUCCAGUAUCUUUGAAAAAUUACCACCUACCAAUUUUGCCAUGAAAAGGGAUGUCCAGGAAGGCCAAGCACGGUGUCUUAUCCACCUGGGAAGACACAGAGAGGCGCUGGAGAUCGCUACCAGCCUGGAAAAUAAAGCUACCAACACAGACCACUUAACCACUGUGCUCUACCUCCAGUUUGCUAUUUGUUCAAGUUUGCAGAACUUAGAAAAAACAAUUCUCUGCCUGCAGAAGCUGAUUUCUUUGCAUCCUUUCAAUCCUUGGAACUGGGGCAGAUUGGCAGCAGCUUACCUGGAUCUGGGACUAGCUCUUUCCGCACCAUCACCAUCAUCUUACAAAGAGACAGGUUUUGUUUCAAGUGACAAGACUGCCAACUCCUCCUUUUCACACUCAGGAAAAGACUGCCUUUCAUGUUUCCCUGAAAUGUUGCCGGCAGACUCAGCAUUUUCUGUGGAAAUGAGUAGCAGUAGCAGCCAGGAGAAUGAGGAAGCUCUUAAAAACACUCCAAAUGGUGUGAGAGAAGACAGAGGAGCAGCCCUGCUAGAGACACAGAUGAAAGCCUGUGCCUCUUUUAUACGAACCAGACUUUUGCUUCAGUUUGCCCAAUUUCAGCAAACAUCAUUUGCUUUGGAGAAGAACUUACGGACUCAGCAAGAAAUUGAAGAUAAAAUGAAAGAGUUCAGCUUCAAAGAAGACACUUUGCUGUUGAUAGCUGAGGUUAUGGGAGAAGAUAUCAUCCCAGAAAAAAUAAAAGACGAGGUUCACACAGAGGUGAAGUGUGUUGGCUCUGCAGUCCUGACUGCCAUGGUGAUUGCAUCUUCAGAAGAAUUUGAAGACAAGUGGUUCAGGAAGAUCAAAGACUGCUUUGGUUCCAUUGAAAAUCAGUUCCAUACAGAGAUAGAAAUCUUGGCUUAGUGAGUGGUCCCUUUGAAAGCAAAAUAUGGUGCACAAUAUGAACUGUUUUUUGAUUACUUCAGACAGCAUCCACUGCUAAUCAUGAAAUAUACUGAAUUAAAAAUGAUUAUGUGUAAGGGAAA